AUGAAAUCAUACUUCAAACAAGGCAUACAAGAUACUUCUCAACCUUCGGUUAAAUGUGUCAUGCAAACGAAAGAAAAGACACAUGAUACUGAUUUAGCCAUUGCUUUGUGGUUUUAUGAUUCGUGCAUACCUAUGAAUGUUGUGAAUUCUCCACUUUUUCCAAUAGCAAUGAGCAAAGUUGCGAGUAUGGGUCAUGGAUAUACAUGGUCGUCUUAUCAUUCCAUGCGUGUCACAUUACUCAAAGAUGCUAAAACAUCAGUUUCUCUAAUUAUUGCUGGUUAUAGGAAACAAUGGGAAGAAACAGGUUGCACUAUUAUGAGUGAUGGUUGGCGAGAUGCGAGGCAAAGGCCACUCAUUAACUUCAUGGUGUAUUGCUCGAAAGGAGUAUCUUUCAUUAAGUCUGUGGAUGCAUCUGGCAUCGAGAGCAAUGCUCAUAAUUUAUGUAACUUGUUUGGAGAGAUUGUAGAAUUUGUUGGUCCUCAAAAUGUUGUUCAUCUCGUUACUGAUAAUGCUGCUAAUUACAAAGCUGCGGGUAGAUUGCUAAGUGAAAGAUAUCCUUCAAUUUGUUGGUCUCCAUGUGCUGCCCAUUGUAUUAAUAUGAUCUUAAAGGAUGUCUCUGGCAUGCCUCAUGUUUCCAAUUUGAUUACACUUGCCUCGAGAGUGACUGUUUUUAUAUAUAAUCAUAAAUGGCCAUUAAAUUGGUUGAGAAACAGGGAGGGUUGGUCUGAAAUCAUUCGUCCGGGUGCCACGCGUUUUGGUACCUCGUUCAUUGCACUCAAAAGCUUGUAUGACCAUAGAUCUGAUUUGGAAGCUUUGGUCAUUUCUAGUGAUUAUCAAAAGAUGAUGUCUAAGUUGAAAAAAGCGAGAGAUGUGAAACAAAUUUGUUUAGAUCAAGGAUUUUGGAAGAACUGUCUUAUAACUUUGAACGUGAUGAGUCCAUUAUUGAAGUUGUUGUGUAUUUGUGAUUCUGAUGAGAAACCUUCAUUAGGCUAUGUUUAUGAGGGAAGUAGGGCAAAACAAGGAAUUGAAAAGCUAUUUCGCAAUAAGAAAGAUUUGUAUAAGCCUUACACCGAUAUAAUUGACACACGAUGGGAUAAUAUGUUGCGUAAGAAUUUACACGCAGCAGCUUAUUGGCUUAAUCCAGUCUUCCAAUAUGAUGAAGUGAACUUUAAGAAUGAUCCCGAGGUGAUGGCAGGGGUUCUUGCUAUGGUUUCUAAGUCGAGUGAUGCAUAUCAUUGCACAAUGGAGUUAAACAAGUUUGGUGAAGCUGAAGAUUCAUUUGGUAUGGAAAUGGCAGCUACUACUCGCAAGAAAAUGCGUCCAGGUAAGAUUUCUAACCAUAUAUAUUUGUGUUCUUUAUUUUAG